UCGGCUGUACUGUCUGCAGUCUCUGGUCAUCUCCUGUACUGUGUCUGCAGUCUCUGGUCAUCUCCUGUACUAUGUCCGCAGUCUCUGGUCAUCUCCUGAACUGUGUCCGCAGUCUCUGGUCAUCUCCUGUACUGUGUCCGCAGUCUCUGGUCAUCUCAUGUACUGUGUCUGCAGUCUCUGGUCAUCCCCUGUACUGUGUCCGCAGUCUCUGGUCAUCCCCUGUACUGUGUCCGCAGUCUCUGGUCAUCCCCUGUACUGUGUCCGCAGUCUCUGGUCAUCCCCUGUACUGUGUUCGCAGUCUCUGGUCAUCUCCUGUACUGUGUCCGCAGUCUCUGGUCAUUUCCUGUACUGUGUCCGCAGUCUCGGGUCAUCUCCUGUAGUAUGUCCGCAGUCUCUGGUCAUCUCCUGUACUGUGUCGCAGUCUCUGGUCAUCUCAUGAAGUAUGUCCGCAGUCUCUGGUCAUCUGUACUAUGUGCGCAGUCUCUGGUCAUCUCCUGUACUGUGUCCGCAGUCUCUGGUCAUCUUCUG